ACACUAUACACACAGCAGAUUYGURCUGACCUGUUGGUAUUAGUCCACAUAAUUCAGAUUGUUACUACUGAGGUUAACCUCUCAAAUUUGCUACUUGGACACGGGCUGUAAGUAGGUACUUUGYCAUUCUUUGUAGAGAACACCAUUGCCUAGGACACUUCACUAUCUGGAUUUUGAUUUCCAGUGCGGAAUCKUUAGAAUCUGCGGUUUAGAACUUUUACUAAAGGUAACCAGUUUAUAACUUGACGUAAAAGAUUUGCGUCUACUAGCUGGUUUCUGGGAAUCUUUGCUUUCAUUACCUAGAGCUCUUAAUCAAGAUUUUGUGUUUAGCGACAACAAUAGCACUUAGUUGUCCAGCAUUCAAACGAAGCAGCGAUCUGGUUUGAAUACAGUGCUUAAUAAUCUGGRCUAAAGUUUACAUUUUGGAUAUCUGUCCUUACGGAUCUUCAUAAGUUUGGAUUUUGAGGCUCAUUAAUUUGCCUGUCUUGAAGACGCACGCUGAUAUCAAUAGGAACACCUACAGAUCUCCAGUCGAGAUUUGGGUCAACAAAAGUAAUUUUGCGGCUACAAAUAUUCUGUUGUCAAUGAUUUUCAAUCAUUGCAUGGGCUCAUCUUUCAGCGCUGAAGUUUUUCCUUCAGUUCCUAUUGUUUUAUAAGUGGAGCUGUAUAUUGGGUAGUUUUGCAAAGGACCAUAAAUUUGGUUCAUUGUUGGAAACCGACUGUCUUUAGAUCCUUUCAAAAGAUUAACCUAAAAAAACAAAGGCUAUAUCUGUAUUGGUGUAGGCUAUAAACUGAGAUCUAUCCUGGUCCAAAAKAUUUUGUAGGCCGUUUAUCGACUGUUAUAUUGGAUAUACUAUCCCUUAGAAUGCCAAAGGGUUCAAUGAUAGGACCAAGAUAAGAUUAGUCCACUCUGCUGUAUUUGAUAUAUAGACAGACGCUAUACUAGAACGAAAAAAAAUAAAUAAAAGGAACAGCCCACGGGGAAUCUGAGGGAACCACACGAUAAAUACACUUGAAAGAUCMMAUGAAAGAAUCCAAGGGAGUARRAAAAGGUUCUAUCCUGGGGCCAACAAGCAAUUAACGCUGACUUUGACGCUCUGGAAGUGAAAACASAUCAGUUAAGGAAGUCUUUUUCGCAGUUAUUUCAUURUGUUUAACAAAAGAGCUUUGUACUGGACACUUGUAGUAACCGUCUACUUUGCCAGGCAUUGUCAAUUGUGCAAUUAAUGUUGUGGUUUCUGUYCMGACAGCUGUAAUUUUUUGACAUUAAUUUAACCAAUUCAAACGAUUUUUUAACAACUGACAAAGGUUUACCAUCAAWUGYAUGCUGUUCUAUUAUACGGCGUUUUUACUCGAAAAUUAGAGUAAAUUGCCCGAAGGAAGUUCAAUUUCAUGAAUAAGCAAUAUUCCUAAGGUUUGCCAAUAUUGUCUUCGUAUUCAAUUGGUGUCAAGAAAGCAAUUAAUUUACCGGUUUUCAACUCAAAACACACCUGCUUCAGYCGAYCCAAUAGAGAAACACUAUACAGAUACUUAUAAUACAGAAAUCUCGCCGAGGAAGGUUCAGUGGGAGACUGCAGUCCUAAGUAAUUUACCUCUCAUUGGUUCAUUUCAAAGUAAAUCGUCGUUCAUAUUCAAAGCGRAUAAUGGAUACUUCAAACACUACGAAUGGAAGUGAUGUUCUUGGAUGUUCUAUUGRACCAGACAGUUCUUUAAGCAAAGGUUUCAAGAUCCUUGGAUAUGUGCUAAUCGCGGUAUUAUCGCUAUUUGCGUGUUCUGUGUUCAGCAUGGUAGCUAUAGCCUUCGACCGAGUGUUUUCAAUCUACAGGCCAUUAAAACGUACGAUAACAUUUCCCAGAGCUAAGGGUUUAAUAGCAGUGAUAUGGUGUGCAUCGUGUGUGAUAUCAUCACCCAAUCUAUAUACCCUACGACUAGUGACCAUAGACGGCAUAGGAUACUGCGCGGAGAAAUGGGGACCGCUGUUUGACGAACAGAACUCACCCCUCUUCUACACCAUCGCGCUAUUUGCAGGUUUAUACGCUAUUCCAUUGAUUUUGAUUGGAGUCCUUUACACGAUCGUGGUUGUACGACUUUGGAAUCGACCCACACCCGGACAGCGCUCGGUGACUAAUCGGACUAACCGAGAAAAGACGAAUAGAAGAGUUCUCAAAAUGCUUAUAACCGUAGUGGUGGUUUUCGCGGUGUGUUGGCUUCCUUUGUAUGUUCGAAUGUUUCUUAUGUUUAGUUAUCCUGUGGAGUAUUAUUGCGGCUUACCAUAUCAUCUUGACUUUAUCACGUUAUACUUAGGACACGCAAACAGCUCGGUUAAUCCCUACAUUUAUGUCAUUUUCAAUGAGAACUUUCGCAAGGGUUUUGUCGCAGUUGUUCAUAAGCGUGGCUUCUCAGAGAGAUACAGUAAAAGCUCAAGUCGAAUGGGCUCAGUACAUCACAAAGAGAGCGGAAAGUUAAUUGUCAAGCAUAAAACGACUGAAAAACUGCCUUCGAGAUUAGCAACUCCGUACAAUUCAUCAUCCAAGUCUGGGGAUGUAGUUUUACUCAGAAAAGAUUCCAUACAAAAAGACACAACUUCAAUUUAGUUUUUUUGAACGAGUUUGAUUUAUGUUUUGUUUUGUGUUGUCAUUUAUGUAUUUCCUGACAUAUUAAUGCAUUGCGUUCUAUUGAUCGUUGUAUCUGCUUAUUCAUAUGUUUCUUUCUCAUCUAUUCUUUGUAAAUUCCUUCAUCCAUCCAUUAAUGUUUUUUAUUUGUUUAUUAUCUUGUCUGUUCAUUAGCUACACCAAUCUAUUCAUUGAUACGCUCGUUUUUUAUUUGCUAAUUCAUCCAUCCAUUUUUUAUUGAUAUUUCGUUCAUAUAUUCACUUUUUAUCCCAUAAUUCAUGCCUUUGUUGCGUUCAUUUACUUAACCUCCAUCAUUGACGCAUUUCUGUAUUUUUUUCACUUUCUUCAAACGUGCAUUUAUCGACCACAUCAACCACAAUGAUAAAAGAAUAACCGUCGAUUACGCAUUUCAACUUGUUAUGCCUAUUUUCAUCUUUCUCACAGAUAUAUACCUUAACUAAAAGUAUUAUAUUAAAUUCUAGGACUCAAUUUCUUUGCUUCCUGUCAGUUAGCGUCAAAUCCAAAUGGAUCUCAUUAAUUAGAYUACACUUCAGCAUAUCUCAAGUAACCCUACAUCGUUAUAGCUUCAUUCAGUUUUAUUUCACGGCGGGUCCCUUCAAACGUCUCACAAUUGAUAAUCUGGUCGUCGGUUUUACUAUCAAACAAGUAAUCCUCUUAUCGACAAGACUGUAUGCUAUGGUUAUUGCUAACAACAUCGUACUUUAUUGGAGUAUUGACUUAGUAGGUAUAUAUGGGUGUGUCACAUGAAUCAUACACCGAAAAAAAAAUGAACUAUCUGAAAAGUAUGCAAAAAACCCUAGAAAUAGAAAUACUGUAAAUGUUUAAUUUAGUAAUUUAACUACCUUUUCAAUGUAGUAUAUUGAGUAAUUUUAAUUUAUAAUUUUGAAGUUAUAAAUCGCUGUGAAAAUAUAGAAUAAACUGACCCUGUUGAUGCGUAA